AUGGCCUUAGCCUGGGCUGAUCUGUACGAUUGCCUUUCCAUGUCUAUUUGCACUGUGGGACUUGCUCUCAAAUGUGGAGGCAACAAUGGACUCCUGAUCUUUUGGUUGUUAAUUGAGACAUUUGCGGUAAUUGGCAUUGCUGUUUCGCUUGGUAUCACCGCCGUGAUUGCGGUGGAUCGCUAUGACUGCAUAUGCCGGCCACAGCGGCGGUAUUGCACGCCGAGACGGGCCAAGGGAGCAGUUUUCGUUGUCGUGCUGUUCUCAGUUAUAUUAUGUAUUCCGCAAGGCAUUAGCAACUACCUACACCCGCCCAUGUUUGGCAUAGAACUACUUGUGCCAAUUGUUCAAACCAUUGCUGUCUUCAUUGCACUUGUAACCGUCGUGCUGUGUUAUGGGAAAGUUUACGCAAGGAUCUCGAAACAUGUGAGAGUUGGCGCCAUUCCUGAACGUACAUUAACGCAAGAUGAUCAGGUUGCUAUCAAGACUGACAAGGACCGAACGAUACCGUCGACACGAUCCACUUUGCCAAGGAAAGGUCAACUAUGUGGUAUCCACAAUCAUGUGACGAAAAGGGGAAACGGUUCUGAACAUAACAGCAAAUGUUUGACAAAACAGCCAUCAGAUUCUCUGGCUAGACUCGAAGCUAAUUCGUCCACUGUCGACAACGAGGUGUCGACAGUUAUCAAUCUGGCAAACACGAGGUAUACGACUCAUGCAACUACGUCAAAACGGGACAUUCUUGAAGCUCCCCCGAAUGCAAAUGGUAAGCUGGUAAAUCCUGCCGAGCGUGAUUCCAAAGUUGGCCUGAAAAGCGUUUCCCAAGCAGUUUCAGAGCAAGGCUGUAGUAAGGGAGAGGACACAAACCACUGUGAAGCAACGGACGCUGGGAAAAGACACGUCCCCAAAAGGAUGGGCGGCGCCGUCCUACAGCGUAAGACAACAAAAAUGCUCUUCGUUACCAGUGUGGUGCUCCUGCUGACGUGGAUACCAGAUCUGAUUAGAAAUGCCAUGGAAAUUGCUUAUUUGGCAGGUAGUGACAUAGACCCAGUGAGUACAUUUCGCAUAAUAUUGGACUGGCUUUCUUUCACCAUAUUCAUCAACAAUGCCAUUAAUCCACUGAUUUACGGACUGGCAAACAAACGAUUCAGGAAAGACUGCAAGAAGGUGUUUCAAAAAAUGAGACGCUAG